CUUUCUGCACCGGGCUGAAGGAGAGAGUCAGGCGUCAUGAGAGGAAUCCGGUCCCUGAACAGUCUUCCCAAACGCUGCUAUGCAGCUGCCAGGAGGAGUGAGGCUCUGACUGAAACCCUCGCAGCUCCCCCUCCUCAAAAUGUCCAGGUGUCAAAGCUCCCAAACGGUCUGGUGGUCGCAUCACUGGAGAACUACUCGCCCUUGAGCAGCGUGGGUGUGUUUGUGAAAGCUGGGAGUCGCUAUGAGACUGUGGAAAACCUGGGUGUCUCUCAUGUGCUACGACUGGCCGCCAACCUGACUAACAAGGGGGCAUCUGCCUUCAAGAUCUGCCGAGGUGUUGAAGCACUGGGGGGCAGCCUGAGUGUGACAUCAUCACGAGAGACCAUGGUCUACACUGCAGACUGUUUGAGAGAUCACCUAGAUUCAUUAUUGGAGUUUCUGGUCGACGUGACCACAGCUCAGGAGUUUCGACCGUGGGAGGUCGCCGACCUGACGUCCAGGGUGAAGCUCGACAGGGCUCUGGCUCAGCAGUGUCCUCAGAUAGGUGUAAUUGAGAAGUUGCAUGAAGCAGCAUAUAAAAAUACCCUGUCCAACUCUCUGUAUUGCCCUGACUACAUGGUCGGCCAUGUCUCCCCGAAGCAGCUGCAGUCCUUUGUCGAAGACCAUUUCACCACUGACAAAAUGGCUCUUGUAGGACUAGGUGUGAAGCACUCUGUCCUGAGGCAGGUGGGCGAGGGUCUCCUCAGUACCCGCAGUGGGGCCAGUGCGCCUGCGGUUAAAUCUGUGUACCGUGGAGGUGAACUGCGAGUGCAAACCGGUGACGACCUGGUCCAUGCACUGAUUGCCAGUGAGGGUGGUGUGACGGGUAGUGCAGAGGCUAAUGCCUUCACCGUGCUGCAAAGAAUCCUGGGAGCUGGUCCACACGUAAAGAGAGGCUCAAACAUCACUAGCCAUCUGUGUCAGGGUAUUGCCAAAGCUACCACACAGCCCUUUGAUGCCACAGCCUUCAAUGCCUCAUACUCGGACUCUGGCCUAUUUGGUGUCUAUACCAUUGCACAAGCGCAUUCUGCAGGAGAGGUGAUCAAAGCUGCCAUUGCUCAAGUGACAAGUGUGGCUGAGGGAAACGUGUCAGAGGCUGACAUCACCACUGCAAAAAACCAGGUGAAAGCCGAUUACCUGAUGUCAACAACAGAAACCUCUGAGGGCCUGCUGGAGGAGAUCGGUGCUCAGGUUCUGAACACUGCAGCAUACCAACCCCCUGAGACUGUUCUCCAGGCCAUAGACACUGUCACCCAGGAUGAUGUGGUCAAGGCUGCGAAGAAAUUUGUUGAUGGCAAGAAGACCAUGGCAGCUAGCGGAUACCUCGGCAAUACACCGUUUGUGGAUGAAGUAUGAAAGUAAAGUUUAAGAACUGUUGAGUUUUAACUUGGGCAUGCAGUGCUUGGCUGCCUGAAAAAAGAGGAACGAGGACCUGAAAGCCACGGCCUCCUGCAACACUUCAUUUGACCUCACCAAUCACUUGUAUUCUGUCCUGCAGAACGUGUGAGCUCCAACAGGGAGACCGGAUCAUAAUGCAAUUUUUCUGUUGUCAUUUUUUUUGUCGAUUUAACUGUAUAUCUAUGUAAAUUAAAGUUAUGAAGAUAAUAA